UCGCGCCGCCGCGACCGCCGUCGUUUCUCCGAUCCACCGCACGCCAACGUGAAUUUCCACGGAGUGCUGUCGCUACCAGCACGGUUAGUAAGUUACGGACUACAUGUUAGUGAUGAUGUGAUACUGUCUUAAAAUAAUAAAUUUUAUUUAGUAGCCGAGCUUAACUCUUUUAAGUGUUUAAUGGAUAAUUUUUCUCUCCAUCACAAGUAUUCUUACACGUGCCAAUUUAGGGCAAAGUAAUAAUUCGCAAAGAAAACUCCUUUUCUAAAGACUAAAACACGUUAUUAUUGUGUUGAUCUCAUUACGUUCUUACCGUAAGACCAAUAUGUUAUUCAAUGCGUGCAUCUGCUUGCAAAAACUAUGCAAGUGAAACAGUGUGAAAUAAAAUUUUCAGUGCAGUAACAAUGGAUGGAUUUUCUUUCAUAAGUUUUGAGCUGGAAGUGAUACAAGGACUUACGGGUUUAGGUAGCAGAAGAAUGUUUAUAAGGUGUAAUUGAACUAUAUAUCACUUGAAAGGUACUCUCAAACUUCCACAGGCGUAUCCGGAGGGCUGGACCUUGACUUCCGGGGGCGGUGACUUCCUGUUGUAACUGCGCGUGUUCCACGUGACAGGCGCGAGCGCAUACACUUGCUGCGCAACAUACACGCGAGUUGAGAAGAAACAAAAAAAUAUUUUAAAAAAUAAUAAAAUAUCACAAGAUAUUAAGUGCAAUUGUAUAAUUUGCGUUCUUGUCAUUUGCGUGUUUAAAACAUCACACACUUAUCAGUGUUGGGUUCGUGUAAGAUUUUCCUACCACUAAAUUAAUAUCGUCGAUAUAUAUGUAUAUAUAUAUAUAUAUAUACACUUACAAAUCAUUUACGUAGCGUGGGAAUAAGAUAAAUAAUAAAACAGCUGUUGUGAUCCUCUUCCUUUGGUUGCGGUUUACUAUCAACUACAAAGUACCGUAGCAAGAAUUAAAUGAAGAUUUAUGGAGUGAAUUAACAAGUUUUCAUUACCAAAAACAUUAAAGUUUACGCUCAGAGAGCGAAAUGUAUGACCAUAAUUACGGACUGUCAAAUCGAUGUGAUAGGAGAUGCUAGUGAAUGUUUAAAACGGACUUGUCAGUGAAUAGAUAAUUAAAUCAGUUUAUGUGUUAAAAAUUAAAGAUGAAUAACGACAACGAAGAUUCAUCAACACCGACCGAAGUUAAGUCAACGGGAGCUGUAAAUAUAGGGUUAAAUCCAAGAACUCCACCAAAUUGUGCACGAUGUCGUAACCAUCGGUUAAAAAUAGCUCUCAAGGGCCAUAAAAGAUACUGCAAGUAUCGAAACUGUAAUUGUGAGAAGUGUAUUCUUACAAAAGAUCGUCAAAGAGUUAUGGCCUUACAAACCGCGCUCAGGCGAGCUCAGGAUCAAGAUACGACAAGGGUUCGAAGGCCAGAGGAGCAGGUGGAACCACGACCAUUAACUUUAGACAGAGAAAGGCUAGUGUCAGCAUCCCAACCAACGCGUAGUUUGGAGGGUAGUUGUGACAGUAGGAGUGGCGAUUCGCCAAUAAGUAAUCACGGUAGCUCUGGUGUUCACAUCGUUAGUGUUCCCAACCUACAGAAAUUGUCACCAACUUUAAACAACCAUUCAUCUUCAACUACGCAAAUGUCCGAACCGGAGAGUUGUGAAAAUGUUGAAGUACUAUUGGAAUGUAGUACGAAACUCCUCGAACGAUUUUGGUAUUCGUGGGAUAUGUUGCCUUUAAUGUAUGUAAUAUUAAAAGAUGCAAGAGCAGACAUCGAAGAAGCAACAAGGCGCAUAGCAGAAGCUAACAGUGAAAUUCGAGCCGUAGCGUUUUGGAAAGCGAGACGAAUGCUACAAGACAACGGAGGAGUUUACUACAAUGAUUGGUACCCUGGCGCCAAUAAUAUUGUGGCGCCAACGUAUCUUGGUCACCCACCAUACAUGGGAGGAGGAAUAGCACCAUCGCAUACAUCUGUACAUGUUGGACCUCUUCCCCAUUUAUUAAAUGCUCAAGUGCUUGCAAAUAGGAUACCCUCGAGUCCGGACAGUCCUCCUGAGGGGUCACCUACGUAGUUCAGAUUAUCCUGAAACCAAUAGAAAGUGCUCAAUAAUAACAGUCACAGGUUGAGUCUAAUUCAAUUAUUUAACAUCUACGUAACCAAUUGAACCUAUCAACACAUCUAGCUGUAUAAUUUUUGGUGAAUGAUAGUGUUCCGAGAAUUUCAACGAAUUUUGUUUAUAUUUUAGUUAUUUAUUUAAUUUGUUAUACUUACGUCGUAGACGAAACAAAAACUUUUAAACUGAAAUAUGAUUUCCAGUGUUAAAAUUUUUAAACAUUAAUAACGAUAAUGAAAAUAUUAAAUUUUUAUUUAUAAGAGUAAUCAAAAAUGUAGAUAAUGAGAAUGAAAUAUUUAUGAUUUUUAUUAUCGCUAAUUAAGAGACAAAUAAAGAAAAAAGUCAUUUGAUAGUGAGAAGAUCUAUAAGGGGACCAAUAUCUUCAAGAACUAGUGAAAAUUAACCUAUAAAAUUUAUAUUCUAAAUGUUUGUAACAGAAGUUCAAAAUUUCGGUCACUUUAAGGUAAUAGUUCAAAAACUAUGAUUUGAUUCCCCUUCAUGGAUUGAGAUAUACUCUAUCUUUCUUGUUAUUUUUUUUAUUGCAAACCAGAGAAAAAGUGGUUUAGAUCUACGUUGAUGUAAGUAAAUCUAAUUAAAUCAUGAUUUUACGUUGGUCCCUUAUUUAGAAAAUACAAUUUCAAACGAUUCCUGAUGUUAAAUGUUUAUAAGAGAAGUAGCAUUUAAAGAAUUUAAUAGUAUUAAAUAUUAUUCAAUUCGAAUCGUUUUUGAUGAACCGUUUUCUAUCAUUUUUGAUCGUAUUUUUUAAUUAAGGCGAUCGGCGGAGAUCUCCCUGAUUAAAAACUCCGAUUAAAUCCAAUUGAAAAAUUCUACUCGGGAAUUUCUGAUUGACUUUCAAUCGGAGUCCUGAAUAAAUCCGAUUAAAAGUUAAUCAGAAGUCAAAAAAAAUGGUAUCAGGCGUUUUGAGCACCUGACAAAAUAUCCCCGACAAAAUAUCUCCGGACAAAAUAUCCCCAUGAAAAGAAAGCAAAAAUAGUGAAAAAAGCCAAAAAAACUGACACAAAACUGGGGAUAUUUUGUGCUAGACAAAAUAUCCCCAUGAAAAGAAAGCAAAAAUAGUGAAAAAAUCCAAAAAAACUGACACAAAACUGGGGAUAUUUUGUCCAGAGAUAUUUUGUCGGGGAUAUUUUGUCAGGUGCUCAAAACGCAUGGAACCGAAAAAAAUGACUAUUUUCCGAUUUAAUCUGAUUAAAAAAUUCAAAUCGGAUACUUAGGAUGCUCGCGAACAAUUCUGAUUGAUUGUUUGUUUUCGAUUGAAUCCGGUUGAGUUUUAAUCAGAUUCAGUCGGAUUUAUUCGGAGUUUUUAAUCAGACCUAAUAAUCAACGAAAAGUAUUAUGUUUACUUUGAUCUUAACCAUUUUUUUCUGGCAAAUUUAUGUUUAUAUAUUUGUAUGUUUUCGUACAAAAUAGACAAGAAAAAAUAAAUCGGAAAGAGUGCUUCACGAAAUUGUUAUCAACACGCUCUGUGUAAUGUGUAUGUACCAAUUAAGCAAGAUAUCAUAAGGUUGUUUUAGUUUAAUUCAUUGAUAUUAUAAAAUUUAUGAUAUAUACAUAUAACAUAACUUGAAUUUUGAAUUUUUCUGAACAAUGAAAAAUAACAGCAAAAGAAACAAAACCAAAAAUUGGUUUCCUUUAAGUGUAACAUAAAUAUUCUUGUGAUUAGUCAGCACCUUGAUACGGCUGAAUUCUAUCCGUAUUAACUUAAAUAUAAUUCCUAGAAGUAAUGACCAGUGUCAAAAUUUUAAAUAAAUCAUACUUUUACUAGAACUCUAUCAAUUGUAAAGGUAUCGGUCCCCGAUUCUGAGGCAUUUCUACUUAAGCAACUUUGGGAACAGAAGUUUUUGUUCACAAGGCCUCAAAAAUAAAAACUUUUAAGUAAAUUUUAAAAAUUGGUCUGAUUUUAAUAAAAAUAUUUUUCGAAAAUCAAAUUUAUUUAAUUAGAUCAGUUAACGAGAUCUUAUAUAGUAAAUUAUAUUAAAAAAAUCUAUUAUUUAAGAAAAAAUUCAUAUAUUUUAAUUAUCAAAGAGAUAAGAAGUUUUACCAUCGACAAUGGGUGUAAGAAACGCCGUAUUAAAAUGAAAAAAAAUUUCAUUUUGAUCUUAAUGCUUUACUGAAUCAUAUUUGUAAUGAUUUUAAUUAGUAAUAUGUGAUAUUUUCUGGAAUUAAAAAUGACAAAAAAACAUACAUGAUUA